GCUCUAUUUUUUUUUUUUUUUUCGGGGCUGGGGAUCGAACCUAGGACCUUGCGCUUCCUAGGCAAGCGCUCUACCACUGAGCCAAAUCCCCAACCCCUCUUUCUAGAUUUUUAAUGAUGUGUGAAAAAUCGUAGAAUCCUAUACAUUUCCCCAAAAAGAUAGCUCAGUGGUUAAGAGCAAUUGCUGCUCUUACAAAGGAACGGAGCUCAGACCUAAGCACCUACACCCACACCCACACCCAGCAGUUCACACCUGCCUGUAACUUCACCUGUAGGGCGUCCGAUGCUCUCUUCUGGCCCCCAUGGGCAAUCAUACAAGCGUGAGACACACAUAACUGAAUAAAUGAGUCAACACACAAAUAUUACUUUUAAAAAGAAAGAACAGAACAGAUUUUAACAGGUUUUAGAGAAAGCACUCUGUCCCCAGCAUCACCAUCAAGUUCAGUGAUUCGUGGGAAAGACUCUUGGACAGUUGUUCUCUUGGUUGAUUACUGCUCCUGUGAACAAAUGCACUGCAAAGUCAGCAAAGGGGAAAGCCAGGGAAAAGAGGCUUCUGGCAACUCUCCACAGUGGAGCCACACAAAGUGUGUUGUCAACCUCAGUGGCUUCUCAGCAGCCAUGUUCAAGGGGCUCUCAGCAGUACCCAACGCCUCCCAUCUACAAAACUUCCAGGCUCUCAGAGGAUGCCAGCAAUAAGAUAUCCUAUCAGGUCUGGUUGGUGAAAAUAACUGCAAAAUCUUUCAGGUCCCAGCCAGGGUUGUCCCUGUAAGCAGAAAGAAUUGAGAAGGCGUCUCGAAGCUCCUAUAUUAGCCUCUUCAGAACCACUCACUGACUAAGCCAUAUAUAAAAGUAAGUCCCUUGAACCAGGUGAAAACAACCUUCACAAAUGACCUCAGGUAUGUCCCCUUGGGAAUUAAAACAAAUCUCAUUGAUUAUAUAGCUUGGUAUUAGAAAUCUGGUGUGAGCGCCAUUUCGUGGACGCCGCGGGAGUGAGAGCAUCUGUGGAAGCAGUGCCAGAGGGAAGCGGGUGGGCCUGUCGGAGCGUUAGGAUUUGAGCUUGGGCAUUUUGAAUCCAGGAUCUCGAAAUGCAUCGUGAUUCCUGUCCCUUGGACUGUAAGGUUUAUGUAGGUAAUCUUGGAAACAAUGGGAACAAGACUGAAUUAGAACGGGCUUUUGGCUAUUAUGGACCACUCCGAAGUGUGUGGGUUGCUCGAAACCCUCCUGGCUUUGCUUUCGUCGAAUUUGAGGAUCCCCGAGAUGCUGCUGAUGCUGUCCGAGAGCUAGAUGGAAGAACACUAUGUGGCUGCCGUGUAAGAGUGGAACUGUCGAAUGGUGAAAAGAGAAGUCGGAAUCGUGGCCCGCCUCCCUCUUGGGGUCGUCGUCCUCGAGAUGAUUACCGCAGGAGGAGUCCUCCACCUCGGCGCAGAUCCCCAAGGAGAAGCUUUUCGCGAAGCCGGAGCAGGUCUCUUUCUAGAGAUAGGAGAAGAGAAAGGUCUCUGUCUCGUGAGAGAAAUCACAAGCCGUCUUGAUCCUUCUCUAGGUCUCGUAGCUGAUCUAGGUCAAAUGAAAGGAAAUAGAAGACCAGUUGGCAAAAGUGGUGUACAGGAAAUAACUUCAUUUGACAGGAGUAUGUACAGGAAAUUAAAGUUUUGUUUGAGACUUCAUAAGCUUGGUGCAUUUUUAAGAUGUUUUAGCUGUUCGAAUUUGAUUUGUCUCUUGGAACAGUGACACACAAAACGAUGUAAUUCUCUAUGGUUUCAAAUGGAUCAUAUGAGGCAUGUGAUAUCAAGAACUGUUACUUUACAAUGUUCCCUUAAGCGAGAUUGAAUUUUCUUUGAAUUUUAGUUUUUCAUAGACUGAAAUAAACCUAGAUCCUGCCCAGUUUGAAGUGAUGUACUGAUGACGUCAAGCACCUAGCGGAAAUGGACUAAAGCUGUAGUUCCCCUAGUGACUGAGACACAGUGUGGCACUGUGGGUGAAAUGGUGAGCAGCCUUUAAAAGCUGCUGCGAACACAACCAACAGAUAAAGGGUAGGAACCACACUCUGAAGGUUUUCACAGUGGUUCCUUCCUGGUUGCUGUACGGGGAUGCAGAGCUGUCUAACGUCUUUAUUUGGAAAUGUAAAACUAAGAUACCAGUGUCCUAUCAGUUUAAGGGUACAUUGUAGAGCUGAACUCAGUUACUGUGCAAGAUUUUUUUUCAUGCUGUCAUUUGUAAUAUGUUUGUGAGAAUCCUUGGGAUUAAAGUUUUGGAUACAAAAAAAAGAAAAGAAAAAAGAAAAAAAGAAA